AUGGGUAAGAUUAAGAAUUCGCUUAACUUUUAUGAUUGCUAUAAAUGUAUAAAUGGAUAGCAAUAUUAGGUCAAAAUCUUAGAAAAAUCUCAAAUAACGCAAACAAAAUAAGUUAUAAGAGAAAUUUAAAUUUUGCGUCGUUUAAAUCAUCCUUAAAUCUAAAAAUUAUUAGAAGUUUAUGAGGACAGCAAUACUGUCUAUAUUUUAUUUGACAAAUUCUUAGGCCAUUCAUUAAAAACCAAAUUGCCAGAGUAUUGGAAUUUAUCUGAAAAAAAAUAGGCAGAAGUCUGUUUCAAGUUAUUAAAUGCUUUGGCACAUAUCCAUUCAAAAAAUAUCAUCCACAAAGACAUCAGGCCAGAGAACAUAAUAUAACUCAACUCUUAAUUAAACAAUCUUGUAAUUGCUAAUUUUGCAAGUGCAGAUUCCAAAGAAAAGGGAAAAAAAAGAAAGGUUUUCAAUCCCGGCUAUAUGGCUCCAGAACUAUUCUAAAAUAGAAACUUUGACGAUAAAAUUGAUAUAUUCUCUUUAGGUGUUAUAUUCUAUGGGAUCUUCUAUUGCAAGUACCCAUUUGAAGGUAAAGAUUUCAGAGAAACCGCAUCUUUAAAUGAAAAAUGUGAAAUCAAUUUUGAAUAUCCUAAGAAGUUAUCCUCCUCAGCCAUUGAAUUAUUAUAGGGAAUGUUAAAGAAGGAUCCUACCUAAAGAUUUAAUGCCCAAACUGCCUUAAAACAUCAUUGGUUUAUUAAUGCAAGAAGCAAAGAAUAAAUGAAGGGAAAUAUGCUUGGAGCACCAUCACUUUCAACAAUUCAAGAAAAAUCAGAAAUCGAUAUCUCAAUGUAAGAGCGUUAAUUUAGCAAAUAACAAUCUAAAUUAAGAGCUAAAUCUGUGGAUACAUUAUUCAUUACAGAAGCAAAUGAGAUAGAAUAAAUUCCACUUCAUCAAAAAAUACAAAAAAUGACCAUUGUUUAAUUUAAUCCAUCCAAAUCUAACCAUUGA